AUGACUUUGAAUCUCGCACCUCUCAACCUGUCCGACUUCAUCACUGGCAGCGCUUCUAAGCGUAAUGAGUUCACAACAAAGUUGCUCGGUGAUCUGGCGCGAACGGGAUUUUGCAAGAUCACCGGCCACGGUUUCUCCGAAGAGGAUGUAGAGAGACUGUUUAGCCAUAGCAAGAAGUUUUUCAAAAUCUCACCGGAGUCCAAGACGGCGAUUGCACACAUUCCGGGGCCCGAGCCGCAGAGAGGCUGGUCGCGCAUUGGGUCUGAGAACACGACGAAGCUGUUCGGACGCUUGGAGAACAAUGGCUUCGAUACCGAGCGCCAAGAUGCAAGAGAGCAUUUCGACCAGGGUCCAACAACCGACACGGCCUAUCCAAACAAAUGGCCAGCCGAGGCCGAGCUCCCAGGCUUCAGAGAAGAAAUGGAGGCCGCCUUCCUGAAGUUCAAGGGCGUGAGUGACGAUAUCCUGAGCGCGCUCGAGGAGGCCUUGAAUCUCCCGGCCGGAGCUUUCCGCGGCAUGGUCAGCAACGACGCCAGCGAGUUCCGACUGAACCACUACCCGUCCAUCUCGGUCGAGGAGAUGCGGAGAGGGCAGAAGAGCCGGAUAUGGCCCCACUACGAUCUUGGCGUCAUCACUUUGCUCUUCCAAGACAGCGUCGGCGGCCUCGAGAUCGAAGACCGCACCCGGGGCGGCAACGACGCCUUCUUACCCGUCACGCGCGGCGCGCCCAGCGAGCUCGUUGUCAACAUCAGCGAGACCUUUCAGCGUUGGACCAACGGUUUCAUCCCCGCCGGUCUACACCGCGUCACCACGCCCGCCCAUCUGAAGAGCCUGGAGAGCGGCGUGCUCCCUGAGCGGUACUCGAUUGCCUACUUCUGCAAGGCCGAUCGCCAGGCCAAUGUGGGCCCGCUUGAGCGCUUCGUCACCGAAAACACACCGGCUGCGUAUGAUGAUGUCACGGCGAUGCAGUAUCAACAACGGAGACUGCUCCAGGCCUACUGA